AAUGAGACAGAAGCUGGGCUGAGCUAUGUAAGGUAUCCAGGGUUUGGUCUCUCAGCUUCUCCUGUUCUUUUGCCUUUGUCUUCGAACAAGGAUUACUUGCUUGCUGCAGAUGCUUCCUGGUGACCCGAAUCCAUCUACAUCAAUUCGCCGGAAAAGCGUGGCAAUCAAACCAGUGCAGAAAGAGACCUGAGUCUCUCCAGGCUUUCCCCCUAAAAUUUCCUUUCCUUCUCCCAGAUAAGCCCGCAGAAGCACAGCAAUAUGAAGGCAGCUUGCUGGUUCCUGGGAGUUUUUUAUGUGCUUGCCUGUUACAGGGCUGAGGAAGGACUAGACUUCCCUUCCUAUGAUGGGAAAGAUCGUGUGGUUGACUUGAGUGAGAAAAACUACAAGCAGGCCUUGAAGAAGUACGACAUGUUCGGUGUGCUGCUCCAUGAACCAGUGACUUCUGACAAAAGUUCUCAAAGACGGUUUCAAAUGACUGAGAUGGUGCUGGAGCUUGCUGCACAGGUCCUAGAGGAGAAAGGCAUUGCUUUUGGAUUACUGGAUUCUAAGAAAGAUGCAAAGCUUGCCAAAAAACUAGGUUUGGAUGAAGAAGGAAGCCUAUACAUCUUUAAGGAGGACCAUGUAAUUGAGUUUGAUGGGCAAAUGGCAGCAGAUGUCUUGGUUGAAUUCCUUUUAGAUCUGAUGGAAGAUCCUGUGGAAAUCAUUAACAACAAACUGGAGCUUCAGGCCUUUGACCACAUGGAAGAGGAGACCAGACUUAUUGGCUACUUCAAAGGAGAAGAUUCGGAAUAUUACAAAGCAUUUGAAGAGGCAGCUGAACACUUCCAGCCUUAUGUCAGGUUCUUUGCCACAUUUGACAAAGGGGUGGCCAAGAAAUUGGGCCUAAAGCUAAAUGAGGUGGAUUUCUAUGAGCCAUUUAUGGAUGAUCCCAUCCGUGUCCCUGACAAGCCAUAUACUGAAGAAGAAUUGGUUGAGUUUGUGAAUGAUCACAGAAGAGCCACACUGCGCAAGUUGCAGCCUGAAGACAUGUUUGAGACCUGGGAGGAUGAUCUGGAUGGAAUUCACAUUGUGGCAUUUGCUGAAGAAGAUGAUCCAGAUGGCUUCGAAUUCCUGGAAAUUGUCAAGCAGGUUGCCAAAGAUAACACUGACAAUCCUGAUCUAAGCAUUGUCUGGAUUGAUCCUGAUGACUUUCCUCUGCUGAUCACAUACUGGGAAAAGACAUUCAAGAUUGACCUAUUCAAGCCACAAAUUGGUGUGGUCAAUGUCACCGAUGCUGAUAGUAUCUGGAUGGACAUCAGGGACGAUGAUGAACUCCCUACAGUUGAGGAAUUGGAAGAUUGGAUAGAAGAUGUACUUUCUGGCAAAAUAAACACAGAAGAUGAUGAUGUUGAUGACGACGAUGACGACGAUGAGUAGGUUGCAGCUCAUUGAAUACUGGACACUAAAAUCUGUGUGCCUGAAAAUGCCUUACAGUGUUUCUCUUCUAAAGGGAAAAUACUGUUCUUUUUGACUUUCAGAGGUUGCUUCUAAGGGUCAUUGAAGAUUCAUAGUCUUGAUCCCUUUUUUCUGUACCUCUUCCUAAAUCCCCCCCACCUUUUCUGGCUUCCACAAGAUGUACCCUAUACCCAGUCAGAAAUUAUUUUUUAAAAAUUGUGUAAGCUAAGCAUUUAUGCUCCCUGCAAGAAUCUUUAAAUCUGUGAGUCUGUUUAUUCAUAAGACUAAGACAAAAUAUGAAAUUAUAUUAAUAAUUCAUGAGUUAGCAAGGACAUUUCUGCUCUACACUACCACCAACGGAAUGGCUUGCCAAAUCAAGGUGUAGAAAAUGGAAAUACUGGAGACAGAGAGUAAUAUGCCUUUUCUCCCCAUUCUUCUGUCCCUUGAGAUUAUGGGCUCAUGCCCCCACACACCCCUGCCCCAGCUCUGAGAUGGGCUGCUUACCAUUUGUGGAGGACAUGUCCUCACAGUGCAACCUCCAUCUUUGAGUAAGACUGCUGCUAAGCUUGGUCGCAGCCAAAUCAAAGUGACCCAGGAGGACAGUGGAUCAGGGGAAGAUGGAACAAGCCCUCCUCUACACAAACAUUCUGUGUCAUGUGAAGAAGGGGCCUGAGGGAAGUGGUGACUGCAGGGCUCCAAAUGGCUGUGAAUCCAUGGCCACUUCAGCUUUGGCAGUCAGAGAGAACAGAGCCUUACACAGCAGCCUCUGGUAGGAAUAGCAACCUUUGGAAUGUAAUACAUGAGGUUGCUAUUCCUACUGGUAACCUCUCUUGCUUACCUUCUGGGCUGCGACUCUUGGAUUCCCUGGCCCAUGGCAGCCUGCCUGCCUGCUUCCCUGCUGUUGCUGUGCUGCUGUCAUCGCUGGAUGUCUCCACUGUUGGCCUGAGGAAUUAGCACAAGGGAGAGAAGCAGGGAAGGCAAUGGAACUGCACUUGGAAGGGUGGGGGAGAGUAGCGGGCAGAAUCCUCUUCCCGUUUUCCACUCCUCGCUUCCCCGACAGCAGCAGAAGGGACUGUCCUCCUGCCCUCGUGCAAGGGCAGCAACUUUGCUGGCCUCAUUUCUGAGAUUCAGCAAGAAGAACACUGUGGGGUAGCACUUUCCCAAGUGGCAUACUUUCUUCCCAUCUUGAGGAUGGGAGGAAAGCACAUGGCAGGGGAUGUGGGUAAGAGUCCAAAUGUCUUUCUUCUGGAAUGAGUUGAAUCUGUUCUCUAAGUUCACCAGAAGGAAAGAACUGGGGAAUCUCCAGUAAUUACUGAUGUUGCUAGAUUUUGAAAUUGCUUGGUUCAGAAUAUGUAUUUCCCAUGCUUUGUAGUGCUUAUGCGCUUUCCUUGGAUCCUGUCCAAUUGAAAUGUAAAAAGAAAUUCUGUUUA